AUGGCUGGUAAUAGAGGUAGGCGCGGCAACAACAAGAAGAAGCAGCCCACCGCGGCUCAGAAGCGUCCGGCGCCCGAGCCCGAGCCUGAGCCUAUUGACAAUGUGACUGCACCGGAGGACACUACCCAGGCUGUGACGGCCGGUGAGAAGGACGACGGUGCCGAGCAGGGCGCCGAUUCUUCCAUCAACGUCGAGGCUCAGGCCCAGACCGAUACCGAAGAGCAGGACAUUGGCUGGAUGAAACUCGAGCAUCCUCAGCUGGCCAAUGCUGAAUCAAAGGUUAUCAUCAACAACCAAGAGCACCUUGCGCUCCGGAUGGCCCGCCUCGAGGAGCUCAUUAGAUACAUGAGCCUCCCCAAGGCUGGACGGCCCUCGCGGACCAACUCAAACAAUUCCUCUCGACGCACGUCACUCAACAGCAACGUCACUCAGGCCGAGGACGACAAGGUCGCCUUGGAGCUGGUCCAGAGUGAGGACUUUAUCGGCCUCAUCCGGGACCAGUUCCAGCAGUGGCUGGACGCCUCCAAGAAGAAACCCCUGACAACGCGUACCAAGACCGCCAAGGCAGACGCCGAAGUCUUCUUUGAGCACUUGUACACCAAGGCACUGCCUGAGCUCUUCGCCGAGGACUGGGAGCAGCACCCUCUUCAGGGCGUGUUGCCGACUCUCAAGGAGGAAUCGCACGUGACCUUGUUCGUUUCGCUCAGCAAGGACAUCAAGGCCGCCAGCGGACAGGCCAAGCCCGGCAAGUCUGCGCUCAAGUCGGAUACUAGCGCCGCCAAGCGGAAGAAGAGCCAGGUCCAAACCUUGUCCAAGGACUCGCAAAGAACCGUGGUGGACUUGUACAGUGAUGAGCGACAGCCUACUAGCUCUUCCUCCCCUGACCAGCCUGUCAAGAAGCGGUCCAGGGCUUCCCGUUCCAUUGCCGAGCUGAUUGGAGAUAGCGACGAAGACGGUGACUAUCAGCAGGGGGAUGAACAGGACGACGAGGAGGAUGAUGGUGAGGAUGGUGAUGAUGGUGAAGAGGCUGAAGAGGGAAACUGA